AAUAUAUAAAAAAAAACAUAAAAAUGAUGUUUUUUGUUCAGAUGCUGUUCAUCAUUGGUUGUUAGGCGAGAUAAGUUAUUUGUCAAAAUUCAGGCCAUCUUGUCCUUGAUAUAUUAUAUUAUAUUUCUAUAAACAUUAAACAUUAAUAUAAUAUAAUAUAUCAAGGAAAUAUACACUCACCGUAUACUUUUACUUUCAUUUUCAUUUCUAUAGAAGUGGAUGACGAAAUAGAAAAUUCCAGAUUUAAAAAAUGGUGGAUGAGUUGAAGCCUUCGGAAAUUCGAUAUUGUCAGAGUUCUAUCAGACCAAUCUUCUUUAACGGAGAUCAAAUUGGUGAAACUCUUGAUGAAAUAUUAGAAGAUGAACUGGAUGUUGAUGAUAUAAGAACUAUAAAAGUUUGUCGUAAAGGAUCCCGUUGGUACACAUUGGAUAACAGACGACUCUGGGUUUUCAGAAAAGCAGAACAGUUUGGGAAGUGCGAUGUGAUUGAAGUAGAAGAGACUGAUGACAUCGAAGAACGAAAGUUUACAACUGAAUGCAGAGGAAAAUUUGUUGAAGUUCGUGGUGAUCCUGGGGGUACAUACUGGAAAAAAAAUCUGCACAAAAUGAAUACAGUCAAGAAAAAAUGUGUAUGUCUAUCACAACUUCGAUAUUCAAGGAAAAUUAUUCGUGGUUCUCCCGGGUAUGAAUUAGAUACCUUAUUAAAGGGGGGUGCAGAUAUAUCAGAUGUUCCAGCACUUCCUGUUGUUCAAUAUUUGCCUGAGGACAAAGACGAAGAUUCAAGGUAUUAUGUCCUCAGAAAUCUUUCUAAGUUAUGGAUUCUAAAGAAAGCUGAGAAACUUGGCCUUAUUGAAGAUGAUUUGGAUGUAGAUGUAAAGAUAAAAGAUAUAAUCCAUGAGGAAGAAGAGCUAUUUGAACAUCUGUUUGAUAUUCGAAGUGGAAAACGAAUCUAUAAUGAGGCGGAUCUAGGAGGAAAAUUAUGGAAAAAGAAACUAAGACCAACAGAAAGAAAGGACGAACUUACUUCUUUGUUUGGAAAUCUUAAUCUAAACUAUUGAUUGAACAUAAUUUACUAUUACUUAAUUUACGAAAAGGACAUUUUCAAAAGGUUUUACAAUCUUUAUUAAAAUUCAGAGGUAUA